CGCUGGUAGCGUUGGGCUCCUCCCCCAGCCGGCGCGGCCGAGGCCUGUCCCGUGCGCUGACCGGUGCAGGGGCCGCGGGCGGGUCGGACGCUGAGCGGCGCCCGGCCGGGGGAGGCGGGGGAGACGGUUUCGGCGCGGGCGGAGCGUCGGCCGCCGCGGGGCACCAUGCCGGGCGGGCGGGUGUGCGCCGUGUGCGGCGGCUCGGAGAUCGAGGUGGACGCGGCGCGGGGGGACGCGGUGUGCACGGGCUGCGGCUCGGUGCUCGAGGACAACAUCAUCGUCUCCGAGGUGCAGUUCGUGGAGAACAGCGGCGGCGGCUCGUCGGCCGUGGGGCAGUUCGUGUCCUUGGACGGUGCUGGUAAAACACCAUCAUUAGGAGGAGGAUUCCAUGUCAAUUUGGGAAAGGAAUCACGAGCACAGACUCUCCAGAAUGGGAAACGUCAAAUUCAUCACUUGGGAAACCAGUUGCAACUCAACCAGCAUUGUCUUGAUACUGCCUUUAACUUUUUCAAGAUGGCGGUGAGCAAGCACUUAACCCGUGGGAGAAAGAUGACCCAUGUAAUUGCUGCAUGUCUCUACUUGGUGUGUAGGACAGAAGGAACGCCUCACAUGUUACUUGACCUCAGUGACCUUCUUCAGGUGAAUGUCUAUGUGCUGGGAAAAACUUUCCUUCUGCUGGCCAGAGAGCUCUGCAUAAAUGCUCCAGCUAUAGAUCCAUGUUUAUAUAUUCCUCGUUUUGCGCACAUGCUAGAAUUUGGAGCUAAGAACCAGAAGGUAUCAAUGACUGCUCUAAGAUUAUUACAGAGAAUGAAAAGAGACUGGAUGCACACAGGACGCCGACCAUCGGGGCUCUGUGGAGCAGCUCUUCUAGUGGCAGCAAGAAUGCAUGAUUUCCGACGUACUGUUAAAGAGGUUAUCAGAGUGGUCAAGGUUUGUGAGUCUACGUUAAGGAAAAGGCUUACAGAAUUUGAAGAUACACCAACAAGUCAGCUAACUAUAGAUGAAUUUAUGAAGAUUGACUUGGAAGAGGAGUGCGAUCCUCCUUCAUUUACUGCUGGUCAAAGAAAAUUAAAGAUACAGGAGCUUGAGAAAGCGCUGUCAAAAAAGCUUGAAGAUGUUGAAGGUGAAAUAUCAAUUUACCAAGAUGAAAUAGAGAAUGAAUUAGAAAAUAGUAGGCCAAAGGCAAAAGGAGUAUUAGCAAAUUUGACUAAAGAUGAAUCUAUAGAAGAUAAUACUGCUAGCGUAUUUGGAGAGGAGGAGGCAGAAGAUGAAGAAUUGGAAGCAGCUGCUAAUCAUUUAAACAAGGACUUUUGUAAUGAACUUCUCGAUAAAGAUAGAUUAAAGAAAAAUGAAGGAAGAGAAUGCAAAAAUGGAAAUGAAACUCCUGUAUGGCCACCUGCGCUAGAAUCUCUGCUUGGCCCACUCCCUACUGCUGCCAGCCUUGGGAUAACAGAGUCUAUACAAGAGUGUAUAUCCACUAAGGAUCGAGACCACAAUCUCAAAGUGCUUUCCAAAGAUGAAAAUACAGGAGAUGGUGAACUAGAUCUUAGUGGAAUUGACGACACUGAAAUAGAUAGGUAUAUACUUGAUGAAACGGAAGCUCAAAUAAAAGCAGAACUGUGGAUGAAAGAAAAUGCGGAUUAUUUAAAGGAACAAAAGGAGAAAGAAGCAAGAAUAGCAAAAGAGAAGGAACUUGGGAUUUAUAAGGAACACAAGCCAAAGAAGUCUGCAAAAAAGCGGGAGCCAAUUCAAGCCAGCACAGCAGGAGAGGCAAUUGAAAAAAUGUUGGAACAGAAGAAAAUCUCAAGUAAAAUUAAUUAUAAUGUGCUAAAGGACCUGAACAGCAAAGGAAGUAGCACGCCAAAGAAAGAGGAUGACAGCACUGAUGACAGCAGCAACACCAAGAAGCUGUCAAGAAGAAAAUCUACCGCCAGUAGGAAUAUAGCCAACACUGUAAACAGUAUGGGAAAAAGAUUAAGACCCUUGAUUUCUACACAACUAGCUAAAAAGGCUGCAACUGAAGAGGUAACCUUUCCAGAUUCACAGAAAGAAGGGCCAGAGCUUGAAAAACCAGAGAAUGUUCUGGUAGAGAGUGGACCGGUAUCAUAUAACCAUGAUGAAGAAGUUGAGGAAGAAGAAAUAGAAGAAGAGGAUGAUCACUGCAUGAGUGCACUUCAGUUAAUGGGCGGAAAUGAUUAUGGCUGUGAUAUGGACGAUGACGACGGUUAUUAGUCCUGUUUGCUUCCAAAGGAGAUGUAGUAAUUUUGUGAUUCCAAGGACUUUAUGAAUGGUGAAAGAAGCUGUCUGUGAUCUGCAGACGUAACUGAACAAUCCUGACUUUUGUAAAGAGAAUUUUAGUUGAGUGUUGAUUCUGGUCAGUUUACAUUGACCUAUAACCCAGCAAUAAAGUUUGGGUUUAUCGUACUUGAAAUUUUUUUGGAUCAUGUUUUGAGGAAGGAAUUAAUGGAAGUAAUGUUUCAAGAGAACAAAGAAAAAUAGCCUGUAUGCAGAGUAUGUUGUGGUUAGAAACUACAUGUCUCUCAUUUGAUCCUGCUUCAGGCAUGCUACUGAAAAGUAACGUAUAGAAGAGGAAUAAAUUAUAAAGUAAGUAAAACCUCCACAUACAUCUUUGAACUAUACCAGUGUUAAUUCUCUCAUAAUGUUAUAAUGAGAAAAAUGGAUAAUCUAAUCUUUAUUAUUAAUGUGACUCUGCCAUUGUAUACAAGUUUCCCUACUUGAUACUCUCCCAAAAGUAAAUAAAUUAAGGGAAAAGAUAUAAUUCUCUGGCAGUACCUCUUUAAAUUAAAUUAAUCCUCAGAAGCUAAAUAUGUGCUUACGUACAUUAAAAAUAGAGUCGUGUGUUCCUCAAGAGAUGCUGACAGUAGAAGAGAACAGAAGGGUGGUUUCUACUGCUCUGUAAAUGCUGAAGAAGUAUUUGUGGAAAAAAUGGUUAGAUAAAGGCAAAACAUCUAUGGGGAAAGCAGGAGACACUGCUGUGGCCAAAUUCAUUCCGGUGACUCUGCAUGACUAUACUGCUGUGGUGUCAUUGGACUGCUAUGGAUGUGAUGGUGGAGGUUGGUGCAGUAGGUUACUAUUGCUACAGUUAGUGACCAGCUGCAUUCUGUCUUGCUUUGGGACCAGACGUGCUCUGUGUUGCAGCCACACAGAGAACAGCCUAUCUCUAAAGGUCUAUGGGUUUUUAAAUAAAAAAAGAAAAAAGCUGAGCUUUUUGUAUAAAUAAGCUAGUUUCUGAUUUGACUGAAGUUUAAUUUAUUUAACUUUUUUAUUGGUAAAUUAAAGGUCACCCAUAGGGCAACCUGAUUGGCUCACUUGACUUUCGUUUUGUACAGUAACUAACAGCGUUAUUGCCAGGACUCUGAAAUCCUACACUUCAAUACACUUCAACACACUGUCUGAUCCCAAAAUAGAAAAACUCAUCUGAAUUCCAGCUGUGUGGGUUAAAAUCAGGUCUGGUGUUGGCAGAUUCAACUCGAUCGACCCUGAUCUCCCUCUGCCCUCACCUUUAGGGCCUGAUCCAAAGCUCACUGAAGUCUGCGGAAAGAUUCCGGUGGACACUAAUAAGCUUUGGAUCAAGACCUUAAUGAUGUUGGGAGCCACUGGAGUUCUGACAUUUUCGUCUUUCUCACCUGGCUAUUGACGGUCAAGGAAGCUGCACCAUCUGUCAGAACCAGCCCAGCUCAGGGAAGGUUAGUUACACAUCUCUUAGCAAAACAGUCUUCCCUGAGCAGGGCUGCUACAGGUCAGAGUUUGAAUCUACUCUCUCCCACACUGGUGAGGAGCACCCCGUUUAUUAUUAGGCAGAAACACCAUCCUCCUUUUCCCUCAGCUCUGACUGGGGAGCUGGAAAAAUGUGCCUCACAACAGAAAGGGAAGUUGGAUAUUGGUGCUGCUCCCAGGAGCCCGGGGAGUAGGAGAUUGAGCAGCAACCUUGAUCACCACCAACUGGGCUGACAGAGAUGGAAACGGUGCUGUCCAGACUUCCAGUGACAUUAAAGAGGGCAGAGGCACUUGACCUUCCCUCCUGACAGCCAGCAAAAGGGGGUGGAGGGAGGGGAGAGUUAAGAUGAGCAGCAGGUCUUUGAUCCCACACAGGGCUUCAUUGGGACAUAAUUUUAAUAUUGGCUUGGCUAGUUAAUGUAAUGCUUUGGCUAGUAUGUGUCUGCUCGAUAUUUUUGAGCCCUGUUUCUGCAAUGGCUGUGAGACUGCAUGUGCUGUUGCAGAGUUUGGGUAGCAAAAUGAAUGGUCAGGCAUGUGAAAAACCAAAACCCUUUUUGAAACAGGCUUUGGAUUACUUGUUUAUGGAGUUUGGGCUUUGGAAAGAUUUUUGCAGUUGGAAAGAGGCGAUUUAGUGUAAUUCUUAUGGGAAAAGCUGGUACUUUAUAAGGAAAGCUACAGAUGUUUUCUGGAUGCUUUGGUAGCUACACAAAUGCUGCUCUGAGAAUUAAGUUAUGGAGUUAAACCUUUCUAUCUGCACCAGAAUGCAAAAUCACGCUGUUACAUAAUAAUAAUUUUAAAAAUACCAACCCAGGUGCAUUAUACCUCUGCAAAUCUAUGGUAUGCCUACCUAGGCCAGUUAGGUUGAAUUUGAAUAUUGCAGCACUCUGCCCAAGAGCAGUAUUGUAAGUACCCAUGUUCCCAGUAUAUUCUCAAAAUCUGGAUUUUACUCCAAGGUACAAAUUAUUUUAUACACAGGAAAUAAACAUGCAUAUUGACUCCCGGAGGAUAGAAUACCCUCUUGUCUCAAAGGUGUAGUGUCAGCUCUUGAAGAAGCCACUAAGACAAGUUCUUUAUUGCUGAGAUUCUCUCACAUUUUUCGGUGUAGAUUUUCAUAGUUUUUUUACACCUCACCCCCCCAGUGGAAUACUAACCAGGGCAGUGGCACAUUAGACUGGGGAGCACAGUGGAGUCCAGUACAUUCGAAAAAGACAAAUGGGAAAUGAGAAUUUCAGUAAUGGAUUGGGUUUCUGGAAGCUUUAUUUUCAAAACUGGAGGCAAGGGGUGCUUCUCCAUUUAGGAGGGGAAAAUACUUGCAGGGGUUUUGAGUGCUCUCAUAAGAUUCAGUCAGAACAUACUAUCUCACAAUCUACCAUAAAGGCACUUAGAGAGGACAAAAAGCCCAACAGUUCCAUAGCAUCCCAGCAUUGCUAGUGAAUUUCACUCUAUAUGCUCUUGUAUAGGCGCCUAAAUGAAAAGGGAAGGGCCGUUGUGUCAAAUAGGGAGAAUAUAAAGAUUUUCAAACCAGUUGCAUACAUUUUUAAUUUGCUGGUGACUAGCUGGGAUUUUUAUAAGUUUCCUUCCUUUGUGAUUUAACUAAGCUCAGGAAAUGUAAACAGAUUAGAAGAUGCUAGUUUCUGUUUUUAUAACCACUUGUGAAAAUGUAAAAAGGUUAACAUAGCAUUAACUCUGUUUACUACUGUUAAUGUAUCAUAGUGAUCUUGCAGAAGACGUUUUGCUGUAUUGUAGCCUGGAUUCCCUUGGAGUAAUUUGGACCCUGCUUUAUUCAGGAUUCUAAUUAUAAUGAAGAGAGAUUAUAAGGCUUCAGCAUUUGUUGUUCUUAGAUCUUUGUACUAGAACCCACGUGAGAUACAUACCUGUAUAAAACAUAGAUGUCUCUUGCUGCAAGUCACUUUGACAGGCAAAACCCUCCAGCUGUUGCAUUGUAUUUGUCUGCCAUGAAGCCUCUUUAACACACAUUACUAUUGUGGGAAUAAAAUAUGAAAGAGGAAUAAUGAAAGUAACAAGAUUGUUCACCAGGAUAAUUGCAUUUUCUGUGUCUUAAGCUUGUAUGAUGUUCUUUUAAAGAUACUGUGUUCAAUACAGCACAUCUUAAAUGGUGCCAGACAGCCUUAUGUUGUGGGUUACAUGUUCAUCUAAAAAGUUCUUGCCAUCCUGAUCACUUCUCUGUAUUCUUUUUGGAUUGUAUUGAAACAGAUGUAUGUCCACAGAUGUAUGCUGUUAAUGUGUCCUUUGCCCAGUAAGUGUACUACUUUUUAUUUUUGUAUUGAGUCUACACAUUUGAUUCAGUUAGUGCCAAGAGAAUUACAACUGUUCAAUGUAAGCAUAUGUCUUCUUUACACAACCACAAUAUGAGCGAUGUUCAGCUUUUUUAUUGUAAUAUAUUUGCUGUAAAUAAAUCCCCAAAAAAACCCUUGCAUA